UUGCUCUCAUGGGUGUGGUGGGGGCCCAGCUUUCUCUGGCCCACAGGAAGGUCUCCUCCAGGGGCCAGGAGCAGCCCCAGCUCGGGAGUGUCUGUCCUGUGGAUGGUCCAACCUCAGCUAAGUGGCCUCUGACUCCAGGUUCUCAUCUUGGUGGCCCUAAGCGAGCCCACAGAAAAGCUGGCAUGUUUAUGUCAACAUGCAGCACAGCGAUGACCUGGUCCACCAGCUGCCCAGGGACUGAGAGGAGAGAGAGGGGACCCUAGACAAGGCAGGUGUGGUCUGUGCCAGCCUUGUGUGGACCCUGUGCCCCACGGAGUCAGGAGCAGAGGACAGUCCUGCCCAGACGAGGCUCAGCUCAGUAGUCCUGCAACCCGCUGGAGUGAGGGGAACGAGAGAGGGGUCCACACGUGUGCAGGACCUGGUACCACUGAGACCCAGCCCACUGGUAAAGAAGUCCUCACUGGAGUCCUGGGAUCUGUCCUGACCACAGUGAAAAGAAAGAAGUGAGCAGAGAGUAGAAACCCUCCUCUUAUCUUCACACAUGAUUUGGUUUCAUGCUGACUCACGAUCUGGUCACUUCUGAUCCUUUGUGGAAGGAUGAAAGAAUCUGAGUGAAAAAUCCAUGGACAGACACAACUCCAGGGCCAAGGGUCACCCCCUCAGCUGGGGUUACCUGCUCGUUCAUUUCUACAUGAUCUGGGUUCUAACCUCCACUUCCAUUGGAGAGAAGCCUCUUGCCUCUGCAUUCCCAUGACAGUGUCCCAGGUUUCUGUUCGUCACCCCUGGCUACGCUGGUGAAGCAACCCUGUAGUCAGGGCACCUUAGACCCUUGCACCUAAGAUGUCAACCCUCAUCACCAACUGGGCUCUACUCUCUGGCCCCAGGACCUUGGAGUUUCUUCUCCUACCCCUGGCUGAUUUCCAGGAAUGCUAAAAAUGUUCUCACUUUAUAAAGCUGAGCAUUUGGGCUCACUCCUGCUGGGUGUCCAAAUGCUGGGACCUAACUCGGUUGGUCCAGGCUCUCUCACAGGCUGGAGAGAGGAUCUGAAGUCUCUCUUUCCCUCUUCCCCUGACAACCAUCUCAGCAAAGGGGAAGGGGCACCUGAGUUUGCCCUUGACUCCAUACUAAACUCUGAACCAUCCUGAGAAGGCAGAAGCCUGCAGACAGUUGGGGUCAUGCAGAUAUCAUUGCUGUCUUUGCACAAACAGAUGGACCCCUGGGGACUGACCCUGCCCCUCCCUCUGCCCUCCAGGCCCCGCGUGUCACUCCUUGUCUUGCAUCCUGGGGCCACAUGUUUUGAUGGCUGGAUGCACCAGGGAGCUGCGGGUGGAGGGAGGGAGCCGGUGUCUGCCAAGCACAGCUCACUGGCAAGUACUUUCACUUCUCUUUUCCCCUCCAUGGGCGGAGCUGCCAGCCCUGGAUUAGACCAGCUGACUUCCUGCUCGGGGCUCAGGGCUCUGGCGGCCUCUCCGGACCCAGGCUGGGGAGACUGGAAGAAUCGGAGGCCAAGCUCAGGCCCAGGCCAGGCUGGGCGGGAAAAUGGCUGGAGAGGGCAGAGAGCUCAGCACCAGGAUGUCCACAGAAAACCAGAACACAGAAGACAGGCUUGUCUUUGAGACUGUAUUCAGGCACUUCAAAAGACAUAAAGUGGAGAUUUCAACUGCAAUUAAAAAGACAUUUCCUUUCUUUGAGGGCCUUCGUGAUCGCGAACUCAUCACCAAUAAAAUGUAUGAAGACUGUCAAGAUUCUUGUAGAAACCUGGUCCCUGUACCAAAAGUAGUGUACAAUGUUCUCAGUGAGCUGGAAAAGACAUUUAACCAGUCACUUCUGGAAGCAUUGUUCAGCGACGUCAACAUGCAAGAAUAUCCUGAUUUAAAUCAUGUUCGUAAAAGCUUUGAAAACGCAAUCCAAGAAAAACUUGGUUAUGAAGAAACUGAUGGAGAAGAGAGGGAGGAGAGGCCUGCCAUCCAACUGAGCCUUGAGCAAGGAACUUCUAGAGGCCUGACUUGGUCUGGUGGAGAAUCCUCAUCUUAUGAUGGCAGUGAUCUUGGUGCUUCGAUGUCAUGUCUGGCAGAGACCAGUGCUACAACCAGAGUGGUGGAAGAAGCAGGUACAGCCUCCCCUGAAAACAGACUCUCAGAUCACCUCAGUGAAACAGAAGAUAUAAAUGCAAAGAGGAAUGAUACACCCAGCAACCAGAACGAUGCACUGGAAAGCCAACAAGCAAAUGAACAAUGUGACCAAGAAUCUGAAUCAGCAGAGUUCUGUGAACCAGCACCUAUCCAAUCAAAUGAUUCAGAUGCCGGGGAGGAGACACCCGACCUGUUACCUUCUAACAUAGAAAGAGCAAAGCCAUCCAACCAUGGACUACAAAUCAAUUCCUGUUCUGUCCAUCUAGUGGAUAUAAAGAAGGAAAAGCCAUUUUUUAACUCAGAAGUUCAACUGCAAGCCCGAGCAAGGACUGGCUAUAACCGAGUGUCUGACAUAAUAGUGAUCAGCAGUGAGGACUCUGCAGAAUCCAGUGAUGGAGACGAGUUCCCAGAACCCUCCACAUCAACACCAGGAAGGAUAACUGAUCCGUCAGCCAUUGGAAGCACGUCUAUUUUCAGAACGAGCAGUAGGAAGAGACGGAUGAGCGGUGGUGACUCUUCAGACUUCAGUAACGAAGGAGAGCCUCAGGCAACAUCUAGUUCAGCCCUAAGAAGUGGGUCAGAUUCCACGGAUAUUGGAAGCAAUUCUACUUUGGGAAAACACGGUGGGAAAAGAAGGAUAGAAACAGUCUGCACUGAGUCUUUGAAAAGAGGCAGAAAAAGAGGUCCAAGAGUUCCCAGAGAUACAAAUAUGGAUUUUCAACGUGAUCAGCUUCCCGUGACUUGUGGUGAGGCGAUGGGGAUUUUAUAUAAGGAGAAAAUGAUAAAAGGCUCCUCAGAAAAGUGUAUUAAGGAUAAGAAUGGAAAGUGGUUCACCCUCAAGGAGUUUGAAGAUGAAGGAGACCACAAAGCCUCCAAGAACUGGAAGCAGAGUGUGCGCUGCGGGGGAUGGCCCCUGAAAAUCUUGAUUCAGAAAGGAUUCCUACCAAACCCAUCAAGAAAAAGGAAAAAGCCAGAAGACUCAAAUAAAUGCGAGGUGUGCAGUGGAAAGAAAGCGCUGUUAUCCUGUGAUACGUGUCCAAGGUUCUUUCAUGGGAACUGCCACAUUCCACCUAAACUUGCUACCAAGAACCCAUGGAGUUGCAUCUUCUGCCAGAUAAAGGAUCUUAAAAAAUGUUGCCCAGAAAGCCAGCCAAUUUAUCAGGAAUCUGAGAUCCUGCAGAAGCGGAUGCUGCCUAGAGAGCAGUUGAAAUGUGAGUUUCUCCUCUUGAAGGUCUAUUGCUCUCCAAAAAGCUCCUUUUUUGUCUCAGAACCACAUUAUACUAGAGAUGCUUCUCAGAACCUUGAGGAGCCCAUGUGGUUAAAUAAAAUCAAGGACAAGCUGACGAUGACCUUGUACUACCAAGUGUGGGAGUUUAUGCGGGACAUGCGUCUCAUUUUCCAGAACCACAAGAUAGUUUACAGGGACAGUAAGUUCAUCAGUCUGGGACUUCAACUAGAGACCCAAUUUGAGAACGAUUUCAAAGACAUUUUUGGCAUCCAGGAAAUAAGUACAAACAGCACUUAGUUUGAGCUGUUCUUUUAUAAUGGAGCCCAAUUCUAGUCGUCCCUCCAGAGCCUCCAGCAGCUACACAAGACUGUACCUGUGGCCUCACUGACCGUCUGCCUGUUUCUGUGCAAAUAACACAUUUCUUUUUCAAACUUGUUGUUGGCAUUCCUGCUCAUUUAUUUUUCUAAAUAAAAUUUAAAAAUUUCA